AUGAGCGAAGAUGUUGGAUAUCUCUAUCUUUUGAUCCUGCAGUUUCCGAUGGGUAGGCGGACAGCCUGUGAUAUCUACUGGCAUGGCGUCUCUUUUCAUGACAAUGAGAACAUCGUCUCUGGGCAAGUCAACAAAUUCCCAGGAAUGAUAGAGAUGCUGCGGAAGAUAAACUUGAGUCGUGCCGUGCGCACCAUGCAUGAGCUGUUCCCAGAGGAGUACAACUUCUACCCACGCUCCUGGAUACUGCCUGAGGAAUACCAACUCUUCUCCACACAGAUUUGUCUCCUGAAGGACAAUGAUUCAACCCUCAAACCCACGUUCAUUGUUAAACCGGACAGUGGAUCCCAGGGCGACGGCAUCUACCUCAUCCGUGACCCCGCUGAUCUUCGGGUCAUCUCAGGUGCUCAGAUCAAACAAGCAGUUGUUCAAGACUAUAUCCAGAAACCCCUGCUCAUCGAUAAACUGAAGUUUGAUAUCCGCCUCUAUGUUCUGGUCCGCUCAUUGGAGCCUCUAGAGAUCUACAUCGCUAAAGAGGGCCUGUCCAGGUUCUGCACAGAACCCUACCAAGAACCCAGCCAGAAGAACCUCAGUCAUGUUUUUAUGCACCUUACCAACUACUCCCUUAAUGUGCACAGCGGAAACUUUGUCCACUCCGACAGCUGCAGCACGGGCAGUAAACGCACCUUCUCUAGCAUUCUCUAUCGCCUGGCAUCUAAAGGAGUGGACAUCAAGAAGGUCUGGUCAGACAUUUUUGCUUUGGUUAUCAAGACAGUAAUUGCACUUGUGCCUGAACUGAAGGUGUACUACCAGGCAGAUAUACCACCUGGAAAACCAGGACCGACAUGUUUUCAGAUCCUGGGCUUUGAUAUCCUGCUGAUGAAAAACUUGAAGCCUAUAUUACUAGAGGUCAAUGCCAAUCCCAGCAUGAGGAUUGAACAUGAACAAGAGGUGUCACCUGGUGUGUUUGAAUAUGUACCGAGUCCAGUAGAUGAAGAGGUGAAAGUGGGUGUGAUCAGAGACACGCUGCGGCUCAUGGACCCUGCUCAGAGGAAACAACACGCAACGUCAAAUACAGGGGGCGGUUCACCAGAAGAAGCUAUUGUUGUGGAGACAGGAAGUGAUGAGAAAGAAGGCAUUGCGGAUUCUCUUUCAUCUUUGUGUUUAAAGCAAGUCUUCCCUAAAUACACCAAGCAGUUUCAGUACUUGCGGGUCGUGGAACGCAUCGCUGCCCUUUUCCUGCGCUUCCUUGGUGUCAAAGGAACCAUGAGACUGGGUCCAACCAGCUUUCGCACCUUCAUCAGGAACUGCAAGCUGAGUAACAGCAGCUUCUCGACGGCUUCAGCGGACAUCCUGUACAUCGACAUCACCCGUCGCUGGGCUGCAAUGCUCCCCGACUCCAGAGAGGCAGGAAUGUGCCUUCAGGCAUUUAUUGAGGCCUUCUUUUACCUGGCAGCACGCAGGUUCAAGGCUUUACCUCUGUGGGAGCAGGUGCUCUUGCUGCUGGAGGUGUGUGAGGGGGCCCUCGAGGGCCAGAGCCACAGUGAGAAGCCACAGCCACACCGAUCGCACACAAACACAAACCCCGCCUCUUCUCAAACAUCAGCGCCAACCACGUUCAGCUCCCCUGCACUGACACGCCGACGCCACCGGCCGCUGCAACUCUCUGCUAAAGCAAACACAGAGAACUGACAAUCUCACACAUGCAAGCAAACACUUCCAUGUCUUCUGAGGAACUUCCAGAGCUUUUGAAUAAAUAAACAAAGAAGGUAGAAUAAUGAACCGAAUUUCAUAACAUAUAGAAGCCAGGAUAGAAGAGGACCUUAAAUCAUUCACUCUUAGCUCAAUUAGCUCAAGUUGAAUUGUUUAUACACCUCUCAGAUAAAGAUAUUUCUUUCACCACACUACACAGACAAAAGUAACUGAAGAUGUUCAUGUGUGUGUGUGUUCUGAUGCCAGUACACUGAUACUCAAGACACUUGUUUCAGUGCUAAAUGUGCGGACAGCAUGUGCACGAGCAUGUGACUUGUCGCGUUGCUCAUACAUUAUGCUUACUUUCAGGUAAUAUGGGUAGUAUUUGUGUUAAUCAAUCACUGCAGGGAUUAAUGUCACGAGAUUCAGUGUUUCUUAAAGGGACGAAAUGUUGUCAUAACUUCAGAAAAGCAGCUAAUUUUCUCAACUGGCCACCUUGAACUGACUAGGCAGAACAACACGGUGGCCUUUUGUUAGGAAAUGGUGUUAACACCAGGACAUGGCACCAAGUGCACUCAAAGUUUACUAAGUUGUUUUAUUUAUACCCGUAGAGAUUUAUUUAUUGUUUUACACUUAACUGAGUCAUUCUCUGUAGCUUUGAACUGACUGAAUUGCUCUUGCAUGUAGAAAUUAUGACAGAAGGGGAAAAAAGGGGGUUUGCUGUGGUUUAAUGCAAGUGGACAUCUCACAAGAUUAGCACAUAUUUACACAGAUCAUUUAACCCUCAUUUAAUAUCACAUUGCAACUGCAGGCAUCUACAUACAAAUUAGGCUCGACUGAGAUGUACUUUUUAUGGACAUGUUGAAUAAACAUUGCAUUUAAAAUAUUAUUUUGUAUGUUUUUACUUUUUCAGUUACAUACGCAUGCACACAUAUACACUACCAUUCAAAAUAUAUAUAUUUUUAAUAUUUUGAAAACAAGUCUCCAAUUCUUAGCAAGGUAUUUUUAUUCCCGAUGACAAAGCUACAUUUUCAGCAGUCAUUAUUACUCCAGUCUAUAGUGUCCUUCAGA